AUGUCUGGAAGCAGUCCGUUUGCUGCCAACAGCUCGUCCUCGCACCAGCAGCCCCCAGACCACAUGGGCUACUGGUCAUGGUCCUGGCCCGAUGCUGCUGCCGACACCCGCUCGCUGCCCGGCCGCCACGAGGCUGUCCAGCACCUGACGCUGCCGCCGAUGCACACGCAAUACGACCCCGACCAGGACAUUGAGGAUACCACCACCGCCGCUCCGACAUCUACCCGCUCCAAUUUCCUCGCCCAGGUGCUGAAUGACGGCGCCGACGAGGCAGCUACCCAGCGAACCGCCGCUUCGCGCAGUCGCGAUCAAAACAACCACCUCCCUCGCCCUGCGCAAUCGCCACCUUCCACGCGCUACGAUCCGCGCCUGCCAUCACCACCACCUGGCCGAAACCACGGUUACGUCGACCUGACGCGAGAGCAAACCCCGCCCAUCAGCCAGGAACGUUCGACCUUGCGGACCCUUCAUUACGCCCAGCAACCCACCGCAGCCGAAAGUCCACCGAACACCGACUCGCCAUCCUCUCCCAUGCCUCCGAACGCCCGCCGCAAGCGCGACGCCACCUCGCCGCUAUUCGAACCCCUCAGUCCUUCCCCGAAGCGACCCAAGCGAAAUGACGGGAGCAGCACAGCGGCCGGCAGAAGGGGCAGCAGGCAAGGCGGCGGCGCCAGUGGCAGCAACAGCGGCGGACCGAGCAAUGCACCACCACGGAACGAGGUCGAGGAGAUUGAGCGGAUAGACCUGAUAGACGACGACACUCCGCUGGCGGAGGCGCUGCAGAAGCAGCGGGCCGAGCAGGUCAAGGCCCAACAAGAAUCGCAGAACGGCGCCGACGCUCCUCCGCGCCUGACGAACCUCACCUGCGUCAUCUGCAUGGAUACGCCCAAGGACCUCACGGCGACCUCAUGCGCUGGCGAGCAGCGCGCCGGCCCCGGCGAACCCAAGCGCUCGCAGUGUCCCGUCUGCCGCAAGGCGCUGUCGCGCACCAAGACUGGAGACAUCAUCCCUCUGCUGCUAAUGAAGAAGGCUCUUGCGACGCAGCCGCGCCGCCCCAAAGCCGCUUCCGCCGCCGCCACAACAGCCAACCCGGCGCCGGCAUAA